CUUGUAUCGCAUGGCCAACGUCAAUUGAGCUUGAGUCGUCAACAUUGCCUCCAGAUUUGGGCAGUCAAGACAAGGAGAUCUUGCCUUUUCAUCAUGACGAAGGAUCCGCAAUCGGCCCCUGCGGCCGCGACCGACCAGCUCAUCGACAACGUCGCCAAGAAAAGAGCUGGCCCAAGCGGUGCCAACGCUGGCGCAGACAGGAUACCCGCUCCCCCUCUUGUUCACAUUCGGAACCCGUGGCUCGAGGAACUUACAGUGCGGAUUCGAAGCAGGCCAAUUCCGUGGGAAGGGUACCAGCGUGCCGAUCUUGUCAGCGCCGAGGAGCUCAAGCUGAUCAAGAAAGUGGACGCAAAGGGUAACGCAGCUGGCAGACCGGGGAACGGUGAACCUGCAAAGAUUGCGGACAAUGACGCUUCCGAGUAUGCUCUGCUCUACCUGAGGCUCUUGGCCAAACUGUCACGCACCGACACUUUGCAACAGAUUCUCGUUCUAAUCGGCGACAUGCUAGUAGAAAGGGAUGACAGAGCACAUUAUUUCGUUCACGCAUCACAGCAAGCUUCAGCUGCGGGUGUAGACAACAUCCAUGGCUCACAACAGACCGUUACAAGUGCACUUCCGUGGGGGCCUUUCUUAAAGCUUCUCGAUGCGCAAGACGAAUUCGUGCAGCUGAAAUCAGCGCAAUUCCUCGUCCUUCUCCUCAUUUCGGAUAAAACCGACAGCGCACCGUCAGCUGCUCUUCCACGGCUGACCACUUUCCUGUCCACAUUGAUCAACGCACACCCCCUGUCGUCAUCGAGUUCAUCCUCCACGCUGGCGCCUCCCAACAUGAGUGCUGCUGGGUACGCUGAGGGGAAUGGUGCGGAUAUUGCAAUUCAGCUCUUUGAAUCCCUCUUGCGAUCACCAAAGCACCGACGCCAGAUCUGGGAAGAAGAGCUGCGCGUCCAAGGUCAGGAAGCACCUGAUAAGCUGACAGACAAGGAUUCGACGCUUGAACUAAAGCGAGACAGCCUGAUCUAUGGCCUGUUGAACCUUCUCCGCACCAGCAGCUCUGCGGGCAACUCUGUGGCUUCGGCUGCCGGCUCGAAACCGGGAUCUGGCACGGCGACGCCGAGCAGAGCUGGCCGCAACGGCACCGUGGGCGAGGUCUUGGUUGCGGGAUCUACCACUGCAGCAGCCGCAACGGCGAGUGGCACCAGAACGCCUGUAUCAGGGCAGGUCGGUCCCCAGCUGCAGUACCAGUCCAUCUUCUGCCUUUGGCUGCUCAGCUUCGAUGACGAGGUUGCCGAGAAGCUCAAUAUCAUAUUCCCCGUCGUGGCAACUUUGACAGAGGUGGCGAAAAGCGCAAUCAAAGAAAAGGUCAUCCGCGUAAUCGUCGCGACAUUCCGGAAUCUGUUGCAAAAGGCGUCAGCGGCAAACGCGCCGGCCCUUCUCGGAUCGAAGGUCUUGCCGUUGGCAGAGUCGCUUACAGCUCGCAAGUGGAGUGACGAAGAGAUCAACGAGGACCUUGACUACAUUGUUGAGGAGCUGAACACCAAGUUGCAGAAUAUGAGCACAUACGAAGUUUACCUUUCUGAACUCGCCUCUGGUCAGCUAACUUGGGAGAGUCCAGUGCAUGAGCUGGACGAGUUCUGGAGGGCUAACACGUCCAAGUUGCUCGAGAACGAUGCUGAGCAACUCAAGCGGCUCAUCACAAUUCUUAAGGAGAGCGAAGACCCUGUCACGCUCUCUGUAGUGUGCAGUGAUCUGGGCAAGAUUAUCUCAUUCAGCGAGACUGCAAAGAAGUUUGUCAAUGAGUCGAGCGCUAAAGUACGGAUUAUGGAGCUAAUCAGCCACCAAGAUUCAGACGUCAAAUUUAGAGCUCUCAAUACCGUCUCGAAACUCAUCAGCGCAUCGUGGCGGUGAAAGCGUGGGUCCUCGCAGCCAUUCAAUGACAUACUUUGGCUGCACGGACGCGUUCCCACGUUCGAUUUGCGCCUUGGAGCUUGCCGGUCUUUCUGUAUUCUUAGCCUCUUGCGAUGCCAUGGC